AUGGGGUGUAAACCGUCUGGCUUGCGUGCCGGAGCCGAGCAAACUGAAUAUACCAGCUUUCACAACUGUAGUGCCUUUAGCUGCGACCUGUGUACACCGCAGCCAGCAGGCCCAGCUUAUGUCGACAGGGUCCCGAACCUUAUCUGUGGUGGUGUACAGAUGCACGGGCGCCCGAAUUUGGCUGGGUGCGAGGAGGACCAAUGGACACCAUAA